GUGUUGGUGGACAGCAGGCGGAUGUCUGGUGGGGGAAGCUGACGACACUUGGAGGCUGUAGAGGCAACAGCAGCGAAAGCAGGGGCGAGAGGAGUAGCAGCAGAAGCAGGUGGUGGAGGAGGAGGAGGAGGAGGAGGAGGGCGGCGAGGUGGUGGAGGAGGAGGAGGAGGAGAAGCAGCAGUAGCAGCGGGAGAAGCCAUGGACACUAUCAAAACCAUCACUCCACACAAGCUCGCUUCCCUCAUUAAGAGCAAGAGUGACAAGGCGCUGAUAAUCGAUAGCAGAACGUUCUGUGAAUUCAACACCUCUCAUGUACUCAACUCUAUAAACGUUUGGUCAUCCAAAAUCCGAAAGAAAAGACUGCAACAAGAUUCGAUAUCGGUGCACGACUAUCUCCAGCAAGCGUGCCAAGUGUCCGACCUGCACGACGCCCUCGACAUCAUCGUGUACGACCAAAAUGCCCCUUCGUUGUCUGCCAUACCCCAAGACUCCUUCCUGCACGUCCUUCUUAACAAGCUGGGAAGGGCCUUCCCCUCCGUCUACCUUCUUACCGGAGGGUUUCUGGAGUUCCAGGCCAGAUACCCGGAGCUGUGCGAGGAUUCCAGCAAGAAGUGCACCCCACUCACCAGCCAAUCCCAACCAUGCAUGCCCGUGGCCAACGUAGGACCCACCCGAAUCCUGCCCUUCCUGUAUCUAGGAUCUCAGCAAGACGCCAAUAACCGACAGCUCCUUUCUGAUCACAAUAUCCUUUACGAGUUGAACGUGAGCGUGUCCUGCCCCAAACCUGAUUUCGUACAAGAAUCCCAUUUUAUGAGGAUCCCCGUCAAUGACAACUUCAGUGAAAAGCUUUUGCCCUAUUUUAAUGAUGCCUUCCAUUUCAUUGAUAAGGUUCGUGAAUCUGGCGGAUGUGUUUUGGUACAUUGUCUCGCUGGCAUCUCAAGAUCAGCUACUGUUGCAAUUGCAUAUGUCAUGAAACAUUUACGACUUCCCUUCGAUGAAGCAUACAUGUAUGUAAAAACUCGUCGGCCAACGAUAUCUCCAAAUAUUAACUUUGUGGGACAACUAGCAGAGCUGGACCGACAACUCAAGCGAGAUGCGAGUCCACGUGACCCUUCCUCUGCCCCAGUUCUUUUUCGUACUCAUGAGUCUCUCCUCUCCUCUUCUGGCACAUCUACCACCAUAUCUUCGUCGUCUGCUUUUACUUCAUCCAUUCUUGAAAGACAUGCUUGCGCUGGCCUUCAGAGCAUGCCUAAAUCUCUGAGUUUAAAUCUGAAGACGACUCUUGAAGCUGUCCCAGCCUCCCCAUCAUCAACUCCCCAUAGUCCUGAUAUGUCACCUUCCACAGCUCUGGCGAGACUUAGUUUCGCUUCAGCAUUAGACGAGCUCCAUGAUGAUGGAUUACCUGCUACACCUAAGUGUCCCUCACCAGUGACGCCUUUAACUUGUCUACCUCCUUCACCAACAACAGCAGCCAUUAUCAGGGAUGCAACAAAUUCCCCAAUAUUCUCUUUCAAAAAAUAUGGUUCAUCCUCGUCACCUUCAUCUCCUGCCUUCAACUCUUUCUUUAAGAGUAAAGAAAUAUCUAGUCGGACUAGUAGUGACCACAGACGUGAGGCUAAUAUUUCUUCUAUAAAAGAAAGCUUUACAUCUAGUGAUAGUGUUAAUAGUACAAGUGGGUCAACCAAUAAUUAUUAUAGUAGUGCCACAAUUAACAUUGGUGCAUCUGAGGCUGGGAGAGGGGUGAAAAGAGAGGAAGUGGUGAGAGGAGAUUCAAAAGUUACUCCCACAAUUUCAUCUGUGACUAGACAAGGGAGAGAGAGGGAAGGAAGACAGGUCUCUGUUUGCAUUAUUGAUGUUAAAAGAGAGGCAUCACCAGUCAAAUAUGUCCGCAGUGAGCCUUUGGUUGUGCGGGAAACUCAGGUCAUUGCUACACCUUGUCAUACAAAACCUGAAGUAAGGUCAGUUUUAGAAGUUCAAGUGGAAGGUGGAAGACAAAAAGAAGAACACUUUGCAAUACCAGAGGAGGCAAGAAAGACAGUAGAAUGUAAGACUUCUGUUGAUGAUUCAUGGAAACAAAAGGAAAAAUCUAAUGCUCUCCCUGAAUCUGCAGUGAAGUGUGAAAUACGUCGACCUGUAGAUGAAGCGCCUAGACCUCGUGAGGUUAUUGUACCUAUACAAGUGGCAGGGUCUCACGAAGGCCGUCCAAGAGUUUUAGAACUUAGCGUUCCUCUUAAUCAACAACAACAGAAGUCACAUAUUCAACAUCCUAUCCCAGCAACUGCAGCAUGUUCAAAUACAAUACCUUCAAGUGGUGUCUGGUUACCAGGUAGUCCACGUGAAGCAUCUAUGGCUGAACCAGGAGGAGCAACUCCUAAUUCACCAAGUUCUGGGGUACAACAGAGCGAUUCAGGUAUUAUAAUUGAAGAAGGUUCUAGAGAACUUCCCCCAAGUCCUCAGCGUCUACCUAGAUGUUAUUCCUCCAGCGAAACUCAUCUCAACACACGACGCCUACUAGAGCAUCGUAAUCCAGACUUUACUACAAGAAAAUGCUCUAGUUAUGACGAAGUUGGAAGAGCCUGGCCUCAAAACAUAACAGUACAUACUCAAAAGAACCAACAGAAUGUUAAUAAGGAAGGCAGCACAUGGUUGUGUCCAUGGGAACUGGCUCGCAGUGACAGCGUUUCCACCAGUGGCUUUGGUUCAGAAAUUUCUGAUACUGAUCUACUUCAUGACGAUGCUCAGUCAACAACAACACAAGAUGAUGCACUUGGGCCUUAUGAUGCUGUGUUUGCUGAUGUAUUUCCCGGGGAUCAGACGGCACAAAGGCAGCAGCAACCCACUACACCAAAAACUCCACGGCCUGCAAGCCUUCCAGGAGUUACAGGCACAUACUUCUCACACUUUGAGAGGAGCACUGACCCUAACCUGGACAUGGGUGUUGAUAUGGGUACUACUGUAGAGUUACGUCGAGGAGGACGCGGACGCAUGGGCAUAGAGAAAAAGGAUUCAGGAUACUACUCAUUCCUGACCGAGCAUCCUCCUGUUAGCCCACGCACUAUGGGGGAGGGUGUCCGCCAUACCACAAGUCUGCCUUGGCCUAAAGAGCGUCCAAGAGAUCUACAAUUGCAGAUAGCCUCUGUUGCUGUGACACCUCCUGGUGAGGUUUCAAAGUCAAUUGUCUCAGUUGCCAGCUCACAUACACCAACUCACACACCAACAACAGAAUCGAAGAUAUCUCCAGAGAAACGCAUGACUCCAGAAAAGAGGAAAAGUCGUGGUAGCAGUACAGAGGAGAAUGAAGAAAAGAGGAGGAGUUGUGAAGUGGAAUCACAUGAGUGGACACCACCAAGACAAUCCAUCAAUAUUGGAGCAGGUGUUCGGAUGGCCCAGGAACUUCUGCGUGGUGUGGAACAGCGGCUGGACUCUGAGAUGCGAGAACUAAAACAGAGAACAGCUGCUAUGUCCUCACGGCUACGCUUCCUCGGUCGGAGUGAUGCCUCAAACAGCUCAAGUGGUAUAGGCAGUCCAAGCAGUAGUAGCAGCAGUAGUGGGAUGAGUAGUUGCAGUAGCAAAAGCCCUAAAGUUCACACUCAUAUAAUUGUAACUACGCUAGGGGAUGGCGAUACCGAUGAUGAAGUACUAGUAAGCAAUAAAAAAAAGAUAUCACACUCUGCAAAGGAAUGUGAUCCACCAAGCAAUAUAGGUAAUAGCCGCGCACGUAGUGAACCCCCAUUUCCUGGAGAGGAAGGCCUUUAUCGUGCUCGUUCAUGUCCAGGUUUACCACGAUCAACUGGGAGCACCGAGUGUAAUGAAACUGUUAGUGCUCUGGUAUCUGAUUUACAGCUGGUACGUUUACGAGGUUCUCGGCAAAAUACAUCAAAAGAAAAAACUGUUAAUCGAUAUUCUUGUGGGGCACUGGAUGCUCACCAACCCAUUGCAACAUCAGCCUUUGAGUCAUGCCCAGAUUUUGGCAACCUUCGGCCAUGUGUUCGGGAGGGUGAUUCGAUACACUCCUCUUCUUCAUCUCUAUCUUCAACUCAUUCUUCAUUUACUCGUCUUCUGCAGGUGUCUUAAAAACUUAACAGUGAAUAAUAAGCAAAUGCUUCUCUGGAUGUAGAUAACUGAGGUGAAAUUAGUAGUGAAUUUAUGUACAGAAGGAAAUUUAUAAAUUAAUGAAUAUAGUACUGAUUCCCUCAGUAAGUGCAACAGACUGAGCUGCAAAAGUGAGAGUAAAUAUAUUUGGCAGCUUAGACCCACCGUGUAGAAAGCAGUGCUUAUGUAUAAUAUGUAUAAUUAUACAGACUAUGUGUGACUGAAUUUUUGUUCCUAAUAAUGUGACGACUUGGAGUUGCACUUUGUCUGCUCUAUUAUUUAAAAUGAUAAUAGAAAAUCUCUCUUGGGACUUUUAUUUAAUGUAGACAUACUGUAAAUGUAGAAUUUGUAUAGUAACAUGGGCCCCCUCCAUACACUAGUCGUUGGCAGAACUGCAGAGUUAAGAAGUUGGCUUUUGUGUUAUAUUCUGAAAGAAUGUGCUAAUAUUUUUGGGAUCCAAAAUGCGUACACAAUACCCAGUAUUAUUUUUUGUAAAGUAGGGGGAAUGUCAUAAUAAAAUAAAAUACUAUGUAUUAUUUACUUGAUAAUUGGGUGGUCUACCGAAUAUGUAUACAUAAAUGUAAUUUGGUUGAUCUUGGCUUUUUUUUUAUUUUUGCUUGAUAUAUCACGUUUUCCUUAAGCAACUACUUUGCUCUAAUGUUGUGACUUGCAAAUGUCCUCCUUACUUGAUACUUAACUUACUACCAGUUAAUUUGGAGGGGUCCUUAGCUUACCUGUAUAUACCUAGAAUAUAUUUGAUUCAACUUAAAUUAUUAAACUUCAUCAGACUUACCUUAGUGACUCAGGCAGCAAGCAGUGUUAAGGUCAUAUUGCAGUGAGGAUACAGAACUGAAUUGAAUUUUUCUCUGUAUAUCUGAUAUCAUGCGUAAUGUAUACAGCAAAUCAUGUCAACAAUCUUUAACCAUGAUAAUGUAAGAACUUUCACAACAAUGUACAGGCAGUCCCCAGGUUACGACGGGGUUUCCGUUCUUGAGACACGUUGUAACCCGAAAAUUGUCGUAAUCCGGAACAUCAUCAAAAAUCCUAAGAAAACCUUAUUUUUAAUGCUUUGGGUGCAUUAAAAACUAUGUAAACUGCAUUCUUAUUGCAUUUUUCAUCCAAAAAAUCUUCAAAUAUUGAUUAUUUUGAAUUUUGGUGUCAGAUUUCUUCUGCCAGAUGAGCGUUGUAGGCGUCGUAACCCUGGAAAUAAUUUCUGAUGAAUAUAAUUGAAAAGCGCCUUAACAUUGGAACGUCGUAAGCUGAACCCGUCAUAACCCGGGGACUGCCUGUACUUUUCUUUAACAGAACUAUAGAGAUGCAUUUUCUACUAUUAAUAUUAUUACAAAAAACAACUUUUUUCUGCUUAACUAAGACCAGCUGAUUUUCUUGUUUACUGUCAGUACCUCAGUGUAAUAUGACCUUCAUGUUGUUGUAUAUAGAAGCUUAGAAUUUACUAAUCGUAACAGUAUGGUAAACCAUGAGAGGGAUAACAAGCCAUGUUGGCAAGACAAGACUGGCACAAAAGUUGAUACAAUAAGUAAAAACCGAAUGGGGUUCAUUUCUUCAAACUGUAAAAGCCAGUUUUAAAAACAAUGAUCAGAAAAGCAGUAACUUUAUGUCAUUUUAUCAAUACACAUACCUUUAUCUCAUUAUACAUACGAUUCUGUACAGUACAGAAGUUGCAGUCAUGAGUACACCAAUUUUUAGCAAAAACCAAGAAAAUAUUGGUUUUACCUGAGAUUGUCAUACCCACAGUUAGUUUCUCAAAUAUAAUACAUAUUUAUCUCAUCACCCCCAGAUGUUAUUGAAAGGACGCUAGCUUCUUGGAGAUAACAGCUUGAUAUGUUGACCUCAGGUUUUAGUCUCCUGAAUAGGGUUACUGCUCUCUUGUUUUGUACCUUUGUUGUGGUAAAUUUUUUAACAUUCUACUUGUCUCACUUUUCUCAGACUGGUUAAGUAGUCACAUUUAACAGCAGAGCCAGCUAUAAGUAAGGUUUUGAAUGUGGUUGAGAAUGUGUCUUUGAAGACACUGAAAAGCUUUUGUUUUACUUUAAUCUUUUACCUUAGGCUCUUAAUGCAAAUGUUUUUUUAUAAGUACUGCACAUAAAUACAAAGUUAUAUCAGGUUAAAGUGUUGUGAUUCAUGUAAUUACCUUAUUGAAUGUGUGUACAGAUUUUUUUUUAUAAUUUGUUAGUAAAGUACAAAAUAUUAAAUUUAUAGGUGACCAGUCAAAAUGGAGUGUUGAGAUUACAGUUCCUCCUGAUAUCCUUGCCAUUACAAAAAAAUUGCAAAAUUAUUAUUGCUACUAAUUCAUUAUGCAAAUGGAAGAAUACUUAUUACCAAUCAGAGAGGAAUUUUUUUAUUUCCUUUAUAUUUUAGGUAAUAUCUCCUGAGGACAUAAACAAUUCAUUCUUCCAGUCUCAAAAAACUGUUUGGUUAUUCGUUUCGGGUUUAGUUCUAAAUGAAACACUUCAUCUAUUUGUAUCAUAGAUUGUUCAUUAUAAUUUCAUGUUUUCCAUGAAUAUGGAAAUACUUCAGGCAUGAUACGUACAAUAAUAAAAUAUCAACAUUUCACACAGACACAAAAGGUAAAAAAGUUGUUGAAAGUAUGUACUUAUGAAUACUUGCUUUGGACUGAGAAUUAACUGGUGAGACAUUAUUAAAAGCUCAAGACCCAUAAUGUGCUGGCAGUCAUUUCUGACUUGAGAAUAUAACACGUUCAUUUAGUACGGGAUAUUGGCUACCAUAUUGUAAUGUUAAGUUUCAGCAUCCUUCUAUUUUUUUCUGAGAGUUGUAUGUAAAAUCCAAGGAUGGUUUGUUUGUAUAUACUGUAUUUGUUAUUGUUCAUGAAUAACAGUUUGCUUUUGUUAAUAAAUAUAAUCUGGCUGUGAUGGUAUAAAAACAGCAGUAUUUCCUUGUAACAGCAAGGUAUAUCUAGUGAAAUUAUUCAAAAAUGUUAUGAAGAAAAUCUGAGUCAUUAUUGAUAUGUACUACUAUUUGUUUUAACUGGUUUUAUCUUGGAUGUAUUGGCCUAGAAAAUAAUUGUGAUUAUAAUCUUCAGAGCAAAGAAAAUUUUUGUGAGUGAAAUACUGUAGUAGUGCCUAAAAAUGCACUGUUUUACAAUGAAAAUUAAUGCUAUGAUGUUCACCAUGUGUGUAUAAAAAUUUAUCAGUUUUCCACUAUAAUUAGUAAAAUUCUUUUAUUUAUAACCUCAUAAUGACUACAUGGUGAUAAAUUCUUGGAACUUAUUCUAUUUGGUUAUGAUUGAUUUCUUGAAGCUUACUGAUAUAUGUACUUACAGGAAGUUCAUUAUGUUAUGGCUUUCAACUUUCAACCCCUCUCUCACUGUCAUUUAAAACCAAUUGGUACAUGUUUAUAUGUUACUCAGAUAUAUUGCUGUGAAUUUGGACUGAAUAUUGUUUCAUGUAGGUGGAACUGGUAAGCUGCACCUUAUUUUUAUUUUACUGAUUGAGAUAUGGAAAUAUAAAUGAAAUAUAAUUACCAAGUUCAGCACAUUAAAAACUUGAUUUUUAUUUUCUGAUUCCUUCUUGUGUUUACAUUUCGGGAUCUUUCAAUUUUGUAUUUGGUCUCAUUUUCCAUUUUCUAUUAGCGAUCUGUUGGUGCAGUGUUGUUUGAAAUGUGCGUUUAGCCCUACUAAACCAUAUUUUGUGUUUUGUCGGAGGUAAAGUUGAGUUGGUAGACGCUCGACUUAUGCACCCAAGUUUUAUGUCAGAUUGAAAUUAUCUUAAUUGUCACAUAGAGAGCUAUCACACAAGCUUGUGUUUUUUAUCCAUUUACCAUUGUACUUAUAAUUUUUCUUCUACAUAAUGUAUAUUACGUGGACUAUAGAGGCUAUGCUUUCAAAGAAGUAAUGAGAUUUGGCAUUAAAGAAUAUGUUUGAGGCUUUAUGUUAGGUUUACGCUGGAACUGUGUUGAUAUCCUAGAAUUUGUGGAAAGUAAUUUGUGGUUCAAAAACCACGUGAGAGAAAAAAAUUAUCAUUAUUCCAAAUAUAGCUAGGUUAAUGCAGAAUCAUUAAAAUUAGUUAUUGUAUGACAAGUGGAUAUUUUUUUUUCCAUUUGUAUGAUAGUUUUGUGUCAUUGAAAACUAGAAACGUAACUACAGUACAGUGUUUUACAUUAGAAAACACUACUCACUUUAUCAUUGGGUUUUGUCAUAAAAUGUAAUGUUGAGUUUUUUUUAUUAGCACCACAAUGAUACACAACUUAUUUUUGACACAAAAAUGCAGAACAGAAAAAACUUUUAGAUAUGUAGAAAUAUUGUUUCUGAUAAGAGAUUCCUCAUUUUACCAGAAUUACCAGAAAAUCAACACAGGUUUACAAUUGCAGCUGCUUUCCCCAUCCUGUCAGCUGAAAUAUUUCUCCUUUUCAUUUCAUGGUUAUGGGUCAUGACUAUUAACAGUUCUAAAGCAAAAUUUUUUUAAAAACUAAUGAAAAUUAUUAAGCAUUAUAUGGCACCAAAGCCUUUAGAAUAUGUCUGAAGAAAUAAUAAACAUGCUGCAAUCUCUCAGUGGUAUUUAAAGAAGUUUAGAUUGUGUGAACAUUCUUUUGUGUUCAGUCUUGACUUUGUUAAAAGAACUUUCUCAUUAUACUGUUAUGUACUGCUUUCCCCAUAUGCAUAUCAACACUUUGUGAUGUAAACGUUCAAGACUGUAAUGAACCAAAUUAAAUCUAAAGGCUGAUAAGCAAUAAAUUGAGCUUAUAACAGUAAUAUUAGUACAGUACUGUGUGUUACAUAAGAUUGCAAUUUUAUCUUAUGUUUACUAUGAAUUUUGCUCAACACAUGUAUAUUUUCCAUGUACAGUAUAAUUAAAAUUUUACUGCUGAAUAGUACGUGUACUUGUAUAGCUCAGUGUUAAAGGAUAUGCAUUUAUCAUUAAUACCUUCUUGGGUCCUAUUUUGUGUUUUUAAUGACUCAAUACUGUUUUUAAAAGUACAAAUAUAAUAACAAAUGUGAACUUAGUGACAACUAUAGAUAGAUCAUUAUCAUCAGCCUUCAUGUAAAAGUUAAGUACCACAAAGGAUUUUGAAAACAUAAUGUUACAGUCAUGAAAACUACAAGGUAAUGUUAACAACCUUGUAAUACUAAGGUACAAAACUGGUAUCUAUUGGCUACAUCUUGAAUGCUUAAUCAUUUUUGUUAGGUAUUUCUAGCUAAUUUCCUCUCUUAAUCUGUAGCUAUCCUUUUGGAAACAUUUUGUAUUUCUGAGUACUCCCUCAUUCUUUUAUUUUUGUAAUUUUACUAUGUGUCAAAUUUUGUAGUUCUCUAUCCUGGGAAGAUGAACUUGGUAGUCCAUCACUAAUGUUAAAUGGUGUCUCUCCACGUUCUUUGUAACAGGGUCUAUUAACCCAAGUCCAAUAAUUGAAUAUUAGUACAUAGGGCAGUAUUUGCAUUGAAUAUUAUAGGCAAAACCUUGGGCUCGGUUGGUCUUGCACUGUUACGGCUAACACACGAUAAACAACAAACCAGUUGAGGAAACUGGUUAAAUAAAAUGUUACAUGACAAA